CUUCAUAUCACUGGCGACGACUGCUAAUAGCCUCGAGGUAUUCUUUCCCCUUCAGCGUGGCUACCGUUUGAUUCGCGCAGUUGCACUUUCAUUUCGCUCGUCAGCAUCUGCUUGCGCGCUAAACGACCUGAAUCUCUCACACUGUGACCUGGCCACUCUUGACCGAUCAUGAUGGAUUUCUGCUUUUUCAUCCCCAUCAUCUUCGGCUGUCCGGCCAAGAUUAAGCAGACGGACACGCAACCACAUAUCUGCCCGAAAUGUCACAACGCACAAGUUGUCAGAGCCAAGUCCCGCACCUGGCUUGAGGUCUGCUGGAUCCCACUCAUUCCCAUGAAGUCAAGGGAAAUCUUCAUCUGCGGUAUCUGCCAGUGGCAAACAGACGCGCAUGGGCAAUAUCAACCAGCCCCGGCAGGUGCAGGAGGCUUUGGCGGGCCACAAGGCCCCUAUGGUGGCCCACCGCAACAUGGCUACUACCCUCCUCCAAAAUACUGAACAGCUGUUCAGCAUGACAUGCCUAGCGUCAAGAGCAAAUUUGGAUUCUUUGCCUUUCCCACAGCUUUCGUUCCAUUAAACCGUGUUUACCCCGUUUGUAUUUCGUACCCGCAAGAUAUCUGUUUCGAACGGUCAGACGCCAAUCUUCCCAUCUUAUGGAUGAAUUUCAUCGAGCUUUGUACCGAUGUACAAAAAGUACCCGAACGUCGCCUCCUCGCCCACUUCGCGAGUCUCGAAGGACCACCGCUCUGGCCGCUGUAGGUACUUGAGCCGGAACUGCGGCUGUCCGAAUGUCAAGUAGAUGAAGUGGCCCCCUGGUUUGAGUAGG